AUGACACCCUUCAAACUUGUCUAUGGUGAAGCAUGCCACUUACAAGUUGAGAUCGAACACAAAGCCUACUGGGCGGUGAAACAGUGCAACAUGAGCUUAGCCCAAGCCGAUGAAGAAAGGUUCCUUGAACUGCAAGAGUUGGAAGAGUUGAGACAUGAGGCUUAUGAGAACUCUAGAACCUACAAGGAAAAAUCCAAACUGAUUCAUGAUAAGAGUCUCGUGAGGAAAGACUUCAAAGUCGGUCAAAAGGUUUUGCUUUUCAAUUCACACCUCCAACUCAUGCUAGGUAGGCUUAAAUCCAAGUGGCUUGGUCCAUUGGAAGUUAUUAACCUUUUCCCUUAUAGAACAAUUGAGAUUAGGAACUUGGAGACUAGAAAGGAAUUCAAGGUGAAUGGACACCGUCUCAAGAUUUUCAAUGAAAGAGAACUGAACCUUGCUCACUCGAGCUUGGUUUUGACUUCACCCUCAUUCACUUGA